CUGUGAUUAAAACCCCUUUCUGCCGAUAGUCUACAUUUAGACGCUCCAAUUUCCGUAACAUCUGUCGCCCUCAAAUGCCGACCAGCAUUCGUGCCGGUUGUAUCCGGUUAUAAUCAGUCUUUGACCUGUCGAAACCGGAAUCGCCGCCAUCUUCCCAGUGUAUGAGUCAGUCGUGCUAGGUGAGUGAAGCCGGACGGUUGCGAUUCACGAUGGAACAUGAUCAAAGACUAUGGGCGUCUAUGGGUACAAAAUCGGCGCUGGAUGUCCUCGAUGCAAUCGAAGAUGAAGACGCAGCUGUGGAUGAAAUCUUCAUUGCUCCCCCCGCGGUCAGUGUGGAGUCUGACGAAGACAGCGGCGAGGAAGACGGCGGAGGAACGAUCGAUAAUCUCUCGGGACGGCAGUUUUGCGCUCCCGCCGUGGCGGUCCUCGCCGACAGACGUGUGAUCAGAGAUGAUGAUGGCGACACGGAGGAAGAAGAGGAGCCCCAACAGGCCUCCACCUCAAAGAAACGCUCGCAGAAAGAUGGGGUGGACUACAAAUGGACCAACAGUAAAAAGCGCCUGACAAAAUUCCCGGACGCCAGGCCUCUCGCCGUCCCCACGAUUGUCGUCGGAAAGAGCGCAAUUCAGAAGGUGGACUUCUUCCUUUCUGAUGUAUAUCCUCACCUUGUUCGAGAGACCAUCAAGUAUGCGGCGGUGACUGACUCCAACUUCCAGCUCACCAUCGGAGAAUUGAAGCGCGUGUUGGGGAUCUUGCUGCUCUCGGGUUACCACUCUCUCCCCAGUCGCCGACACUACUGGAGCACAGAUGAAGAUCUCCAGUGCGCCCUCGUCGCUGGGGCCAUGUCACGCAACAGGUUUGAGGAGAUCAUCAGCUACAUUCACUGCGCCGACAACGCGCACCUGAACCUCAGCGACCGGAUGACAAAGCUGCGUCCCAUGAUGGACAUCCUCAACGCUCGGUUCGGGGAGGCGUAUCCAAUGGACUGCAAUGUUGAUCUGGACGAGGCAAUGAUUGAAUAUUUUGGAAGACACGGCUGCAAGCAAGCAAUCCGAAACAAGUCGGUGCGGUUCGGUUUCAAGGCCUGGUGCCUGAACAGUGGGACCAACGGCUUCCUGCUCCGCUUCGACAUCUACCAGGGGUAGAGUGGAGAUGCCGCUGAAGUGGAACGCAAGUUCGGCAAGGGCGGUGGCACGCUCCUUCGACUUCUGGACGACCUCCCCGAUGCUGUGCGUGCAUUUCCGCUACGCGUCUACAUCGACAACUACUUCACCGGCCUCCCGCUAGUUGCAGAGCUGCACAGGCGGGGCUACGCUUGCACGGGGACGAUCCGAGAAAACCGCAUCCCGCGCUCCUGCCCGAUCACAGAUCAGAAGGCUAUGAAGAGCAAGCCGCGUGGUGCCGUGUCUGUCGUGUACGACACGGCAAACAAGAUUGCGCUCACUCGGUGGAAGGAUAACGCCGUGGUCACCAUCGCCUCCACCCUCGCCGCCGAGCAUCCUCUGCAGAAGUCACGCUGGUCAGCGAAGAAGAAGGUGGCAGUGGACCAGCCAUUUGUUGUCCAGCUGUACAACCGCAGCAUGGGCGGCACGGACCGCGCCGACCAGAGCAUCGGGCUCUACCGCAUCAACAUGCGCCGGAAGAAGUGGUGGUGGCCGAUAUUCACUUGGAUGCUGGACGCGGCCGUCUUCAAUGCAUGGGUGCUGCACCAGCUGGAUGAGCAUGGCGGGAUGUCUCUGCUGGACUUCCGACGCGAGGUGGCCCGAACUCUGCUUGCAGCACCAGGCGUCACUCGAGCUCGGAGAGCGGGCAGACCGCGCCUGUGCGCAGUUGCUGAUGACUCCCGCUUCGACAGCAUGGAGCACUGGCCGGAAGUGGCGGAGCAAGGCCGAAAGUGCGCACUGCCGACUUGCAAGUCGCGUCCGUCCAGUGCGUGCUCCAAGUGCUGCGUGGCACUGUGCAUGAAGUGUUUCCGUGGUUACCACCAGCCGGAACAGAAUGUGUGAGAAGCACUGGUCGCGUGAUCCGUUUUCUGAUCGGAAGUGGCGGCGCAAGGCUGAACAUGAUCACUGCUGAGUUACAGUUUAUAUCUGCGUUUAUGGUACCGCAAUCUUCAGUCCACUGCGCUUAUUGUACCGUGGUUUUGUACCGUUUUCCCUGAAAGUUUGUUGCAAAUACAUACGGCUAUGAAAGCCAACUUGUGUUCAUAGAAACUUCGGCAUUUUCUUACGAUGGGGAUGACGGCCGCCGUUGACUGGAGGCGUUGCACAUGCAUGCCCAUUGAAAAUUGCGGAAAUGGUCCCUUUCAUGUUGCAGACAGCUGUUACGUGUAAAACACAACUAACUCUGAACAUUCAAAUAAAUUACAUCACGUUACACUUGUAAA